AUGUCUGAAUCUAAGGUAAAUUCAUCAGCAGUGGUUGACGAGGUUACCAGUGUGGAGGAUUUUGAGCCUCUGGUUCAAACAAUCAGAAAGCUAGAAGAGUCUGUGGACAAUUCUGGUUACAAGAGACAGAUUACAGGUCGUCAAGUCCUCAUGAUCACUUUUGGUGCUGGUAUCGGUACUGGUUUCUGGGUCGGUAUGGGCUCAGCUCUGAGACAAGGUGGUCCUUUUGGUAUUGUUUUUGCUUAUACGAUCAACGCAUACAUUGUUUAUGUUAUGUUCAUUCAAACGGGAGAAAUGACAGCUUAUCAGCCUAUCCACGGUGGCUUCAUCAAUCAAAUUGACAUGUAUCUGGACAAAGCAAUCUGCUUUGCCCAAGGAAUUAACUUUGCUUUUAACUGGAUGAUUGUUCUGGCAGCAGAGCUUACUGCUGGUAUCAGCAUUCUUCGCUACUGGGAUACGAAUGGUAGAGUGACAACUGCGGAAUACAUUUGUAUGUUUGCUGCAGUCUACAUUGCUGGAAAUGUUUGGCCAAUCAGAGCUUACGGAUACAUUGAGUACGUCCAAUCAUUCAUCAAGAUCAUAGCCAUGGCAGGUAUCACCCUCUUUAUGUUUAUCGGAACCUGUGGAGGAUUACCAAAUACUGGACCAAUUGGGUAUAAAUUUUGGAAGAACCCUGGCUGGAUAAGAAAUGGAAUUCAAGGAGUAGUGCUGGCCUUUUCGCAGUCUGGAUUUGCUUUUGGUGGAGGUGAACACAUCGCCAUCGUUGCAGGCGAGGUGAAAAAUCCAAGAACGUUUAUUCCCAGAUGCACCAAGCCGAUAUUUUGGAGGCUUUGUGUAUUUUUUGUCGGCAACGCCUGGCUUAUCACAAUGAAUGUGCCAUACAAUGAUGAAACUCUCAACAAUGCUAGUGGUUCCCUUGCUUCUCCAUACAUCAUUGCCAUGAAAAGAGGUGGAGUGAAAGUCCUUCCUGAUAUUUUGAAUGCACUCAUUCUAUUGUCUGUCAUUUCUUGUGGAAAUUCCUCCGUGUACAUUGGCUCUAGAUCCCUUGUUGCUUGUGCAGACUUAAAGGUCAUCCACCCGGUGUUUGGCAAAAAAGACUCCAAGGGUAGGCCCGUUCUGUCUCUUGUGGUUGUGUUUGUGAUUGGUCUUGCCUUGGCAUUCUUGAACUGUUCAAAAACCGGACAGCAGGUGUACAACUGGUUCAACUCGCUGUGUGCCCUAAAUGGAUACUUCACCUGGCUGUCCAUUUAUUGGUCACAUUAUCGCUUCAGAGCUGGUCUCAAAGCACAGGGCAUCGACUAUAAGACGCUCCCACUUUACGACAAAUUCUUCCCAUGGACCACGUACAGCGCCACAUUCAUCAUCAUCGUCCUAUUUAUAGGACAGUUUUACAUUGGGUUGUAUCCUCUUGGAGGAAGCUCGAUGUCGGCUUCUGCUAGAGCAGAGAACUUUUUCCUGACAUACCUCUGUGUUCCUCUUUUCGGAGUCUGCUGGCUAUAUUACAAGCUCAGAUACAAAACCACACUGGUGAAACCAGAAGACAUGAAUUUUAGCUACGCCAAAAAGUGGGACGAAAUCGAAGAGCUGCGAGCUACCGAGAAAAAGAAGACAUCCAAAAUUGGUGUUUUUGUCGAAAAUUACUUGGCGUGA